UCUGUCUUUUUCUGGCAGCGGUCCCCUUUCCUCCUUUACCUGAGAGGUCACAAAGUGCUGCAGAUCUAAGGACGAGACGGCGGGCGCUGCUCCCUCUUCUGCCCGGUGUUUACUGCCGCAGGGCUAGACAGCCAAUACACCACGCUUCUCUACUCCAGCACCACCAUCCACUGCAGAUUACACCGUCUCACAUUGUUGGUAAUGGCGACUACAACUCCCUCGGUGCAGAGAAUAGGCGGCCGGGCCAGUGGGCCUGCAACCCCGCUCAGCCCGACCCGGUUGUCCCGCUUGCGGGAGAAGGAGGAGCUGCGAGAGCUCAACGACCGGUUGGCGGUGUAUAUAGACAAAGUGCGGAGCCUGGAGCUGGAGAAAAGCGUGCUGCAGCUGCAGGUGACUGAGCACAACCGCGAGCUUACUGGGCUCAAGACACUCUAUGAGACGGAGCUCGCGGACGCCCGCCGGGCCUUGGACGACACGGCCUGCGAGAGGGCCAGGCUGCAGAUCGAACUGGGCAAGUUUAAGGCAGAACAUGAUCAGCUGCUGCUUAAUUAUGCCAAGAAGGAAUCUGAUCUCAAUGGUGCCCAGAUUAAGCUUAGAGAAUAUGAGGCUUCGCUGAAUUCCAAAGAGGCUGCCUUGGCUACAGCACUGGGAGACAAGAAGAGCCUGGAGGGUGACGUGGAGGAGCUAAGGGACCAAAUUGUGCAGCUGGAAGCUUCCUUAGCAGCUACCAAGAAUCAGUUAGCAGAUGAAACCUUACUCAAAGUGGACCUUGAGAACCAUUGUCAAAGCCUUACUGAAGACCUGGAGUUUCGAAAAAAUAUGUAUGAGGAGGAGAUCAAUGAAACCAGAAGAAAGCAUGAAACGCGCUUAGUAGAAGUGGAUUCUGGGCGCCAGAUUGAGUACGAGUACAAAUUGGCUCAAGCAGUCCAUGAGAUGAGAGAACAGCACAAUGAGCAAGUGAAGCUGUACAAACAGGAGCUGGAACAGAGUUAUCAUGCCAAACUUGAAAAUGCUAGAUUGUCCUCAGAGAUGACCACAUCCACUGUCAAUAGUGCCAGGGAAGAACUGAUGGAAAGUCAUAUGAGGAUUGAGAGCCUUUCUUCUCAGCUUUCUAACUUACAGAAAGAGUACAGAGCAUGCUUGGAUAGGAUGCAAGAACUGGAGGAUUUGCUUGUUAAAGAAAGAGACAACUCUAGACGACUGCUGUCCGAUAAAGAAAGAGAAAUGGCAGAAGUAAGGAAUCAAAUGCAGCAGCAGUUAAAUGAAUAUGAGGAACUUCUAGAUGUAAAGCUGGCCCUAGAUAUGGAGAUCCGUGCAUACAGGAAACUGUUGGAGGUUGAGGAAGAAAGGUUGAAGCUUUCUCCAACCCCCUCUUCUCGUGUAACAGUGUCAAGAGCAUCCUCUAGCCAAAGUGUGCGUACAACUAAAGGAAAGAGGAAGAGAGUUGAUGUGGAAGAAUCAGAAGCAAGUAGUAGCAUCAGCAUUUCUCAUUCAGCCUCAGCCACUGGAAAUGUUUGCAUUGAAAAGAUAGAUGUUGAUGGAAAAUUUAUCUGCCUAAAGAACACUUCUGAACAGGAUCAACCAAUGGGAGGCUGGGAGAUGAUCAGAAAAAUAGGAGAUACAUCUGUCAGUUAUAAAUAUACUUCAAGAUUUGUAUUGAAGGCAGGCCAAACUGUUACAAUUUGGGCUGCAAAUGCUGGAGUCACUGCAUCUCCUCCCACUGACCUUAUCUGGAAGAACCAGAACUCUUGGGGUACUGGUGAAGAUGUAAAGGUUAUAUUAAAAAAUUCUCAGGGAGAGGAGGUUGCUCAAAGAAGUACAGUCUUCAAAACAACUUUACCUGAAGAGGAGGAGGAGGAGGAGGAGGAGGAGGGAAAGAAAGAAGUUACUGAAGCAGUUGAGGAAGAGAAUGUUUCUCACCAGCAGGGAGACCCAGGAACAUCCAAGAGAAGCUGUGCAAUUAUGUAAACUGUUGAAAUAUCUUUCUCAAAAUAAAAAACUGCAGUAAUACUUAUGUACAUACACUCAAAACCUUCUCAGAAGCACAAAGUAUUUUUAUAUUUCCUUUAUGUGAAUUUAUAAACUGGAAGCCUAAUGGCCUUAAUUUCCUUUUUGACACUGAAAAACAUGUUUUAUAAAAGAAAUCCUAUCCAUAACUUUUCUGUAAGAUGUGAAUUAUUGAUGAUGUGAAUUUUUUUUAAAUCCCUCAAAUUUUUCUGCCAUUUUUGUGUUACUGGAAUUUUCUUGGUCUUUAUUUUUGAAAGCUUUUGUGAGAAGAAGAAAUAAACCACUAUGUGUCUGGGAGUUAUUUGGAGAUUUCUCCAUAUAGACUGUCAUUGGGCUAUUAUUGAUAAUUCUCUAUUCUGUAUAAUGGUGCUGUGAGGGAGAGGGAAAGCAUUUUCAAUAUUUUGGACAUUUUUGUACUGGAUUUUUUUUUUGUAAUAAAAAGGUUACAGAUUUUUUUGAUAGAAAAAACAAAACUUUGUAAGAAAGUAAUAUUGCCUAAUCAUCAUGUGAACACUCUCAAUAAAAGCUA